AUGCUACGCCCCGUUGCUGGUGUACGUUCGUUUGCUCGCGUCUGCCAAUUCUGUACUUCUUGUCACGUCGCUGGGCCAUCGAAACAGACCAAGACUCUGGCACGCAGAAAAGCUUGGACACACCGUAUCCCAGAAGACCAAGAUUCCAUAUGGACCGAAUCUCCAGAUUCACCAUCCCUCGGAGAGAGUGCUAUUUCCUCGUUCCCGCUUUCAGAGCUUCUAGCUCCUCGACUACCCCCUACGAAUUUAUCCAAUUCUCCAACAUUUUCUCCCUUUCUCAGAGAUAUUUCGCAAGGAGCUCAUCCAGAAGAUUUUGGGACAUCAAACCCACCUACAUUCCGCCGUCAUCGAAAGCAGGGCGAAGGAGAAGAGGCAUAUACGGACUAUCAAAGAGAAUUGCUUGCCGACCUCGAGCAAUACAUAACCGACGGAAACCUCGGCGCUGUAAUCAAACAUUAUGAUGCAUUCGUCAGCGCCCACCCUCGAGGUGCAGUCGCUCUUCCCUCCGACACAAUCGUUCGCUUUUCUGCAUUAUUAGCUCGCACUCGACCCCGUAACCGCGAUCUAUUCCGACGUCUUCUGAGCCUCCUCGCUAUCCUUCGCGCUGCCGGAGAGCCUCUUCGAUCAUGGCAAUGGAACUCACUGGCAGAUUUUGCCGGCCGUGGGUUCCGUAAAACCACUCUCGAGGACUACCGAGCUGUAGUCGCCGUCAUACAGGACAUGAGCAAGGGCUCCCACGCCGUGUUCAAACCUGAUGUUGUAACAUACAAUACCCUCCUAGCUGCUGCUGCACGUACACGAGAGCACCGUGCUGUCCAGCAUGCAUUAGCCCUUAUGCAAGCCAGCAAAGUUCCUCCUGAUCGGCUUUCGUUCCUAACUCUCGUUCCAUUCUACGGGCGGGUCGGCGAACUUCCUCGAGCACGGAACACUCUACAAGCUAUGGUCAAGGAAGGUUGGGAGGUUGGGGUUGACGGCCUAACAGCUGCUAUAUGGGCAUGGGGCAGAAAUGGUGGCCAUAACCUCGAAGUUGCUAUGGGUAUAUACUAUGCUCUCCGACGUAAUGUAUGGGACGGAGGCGCUUCAGACCAACCACACCCUUCAAGCGUCAUUCCAGAUGAAGCCAAUCCCGUCCUCAGUAUUCCUGGACUUUCCCCGCCGCUCCCACCAUCUCUUGUUCCGAACCGCAUCACGUACAGCGUACUCAUCCAGUGCUUGUGCUACCACGGCGACCUUGUGAGGGCUUUGCAAAUUUACCGUGCAUAUAUGUCGUCCCCUCAAGAGCUGAAUCAUGAGCUUUCGACAAAGCGCGAUUAUUUAAGUGAAGAAGAGACAACAGUGGUCAUGUUUCGAGCCUUUUUCUUGGGAUUCGUAAGGCAUUGUGUCGGGGCUAGAUCCCUUAGUCGGAGCAGUCGAAGCCUGCCCCCCAUGCUACCACCACCAUCGCACGACCUGUCGUUCUUUUCCCAUCUUCCCACUCGCUUUACACCUACCGCCUCAUCAGAGCCUCCAGUUACGUCGACGGAUACAGAAGAAAUUAUUCAUGAAGUUAUGAAGGGGAAAUUUCCAGAAGUGCGGCUGAUGAGCCGAUUGCCGAACCCGUGGACCCGCGGUGCUUUACUUGCAGUGACCGAUUCUUACAUUGCUGCUCUAGGCACUACAACUCCUACUACUAGCGUGUUAUGGUGGCUACUUCGUGCUGCCGCUGGUACGGCAGAAAUGGGAAGAGAGAGCGAGCGUGUACGCGAGAUGUGGGAAAAAGUGCGCGAUAGAUGGGGUGCCGAUGUGGGCUGGAACAGAGCACUUGGAAAGAGAACACGGGGAUGGUUGAGAAAGAUGGGUGUUAAAAUAUAA